GAAUAAACGUCUGGAUAGCUCGGCCAGCACGAUCAGUCUGAGCAAGCACACCAAGGGACUACUUCAGAAGUCCGGCAAGUUGAAGGUCAGCGUCGUACGUGUCUCUCUGCCAGUACGUCGUGUUCAUCCCUUCUCCGUACAAAAUGAACUAUCAAAGUGGACUGUUGAUGCUCGCACUGGCAUUGUGCGUCAUUGCCAUCUCCAAUGCCAAAAGUACCGAUCUCCAGUGGACUUUCAUGCCAGAAAAGCUGAGCCCGUUCAGCCGUUUCUCUGUCGCCAGGACGAACCAGGGUCGUGUGACCUACGCGGAGGCGGCCAGCCAUUGUUCCAGCAUCGGUUACCACAUUGGAACACAGCGAGUGCUCUUCAGUUGGCGACACGAGCUCCGCAGUGUGUAUGCCAGACUCGCAGGUGAACUGGACGGGCCUUUCUACAUGUCAAGCCCAACAGCUGGCCCAUAUAGCCUUAUCGUUUUAGAUAAAACGGGUUAUUUGGUGAGGUUCGGUGCUACCGAUACGAGCAGCACCCACCCAUUCUUCUGCGUUGUGUUGUGUGAUUUCGGAUUCGUGGACACAUCCGUGCCCAAUGCUCCCGUAUGCAGGUGUCUCCCGGGUUGGGUAGGCCAGCGUUGUGAAAAGCGUGCCUUUGGUAGUUACACGAAUAUGGACAGCAAGCAAAUCAGCGUUUGGGUGGCUCCAGACGCACACUGUUCGCCGCAGGACAAGUCGCCCAGUGAAUGCGCCCUGCACAGUCGCCAUGGUUGGCAAGGUGCGCAGGCAGCCUGUGCCGCCUGGGCGAUGGGCGUCGCGUCGAAUCCGGCCGCCACCGUCACUGCCGGCGCAUUCAACAAGCUGGCCAGCGCUCUGCUCUUCCAAGGAUUUCACCAGUCCUUGUCUAUUUGGCUGAGCAAUGCCAAUGGUGGUAGGUCCUUGUACGAAAUCAACCGGAAGGAAGGAACCGCUAGAGUUUCCGUAGCCAGUCUCCACGCCAACCCACCCUCCGAUGUCAUAUGUGGAUCCACGUGGAGGUUCACAACCAUCUGGUACGGCGGACGUCCGGCGAGUGCUCGCCUAGCGCUCAAGUCUGGAGCGGGCAUACGCGGCUCGAAGCUGUGGACGCUUACCGGGUUGUGCGCUGCCAUGAACAUGACAGCGCCGGUUGCAUGGGCGGAUAACUACGUUACUCUGAUUUCAUUUUCUCUGGGCAGGCUGGGUGUGAACCCGCCCUACAAUGUGCCGAUCAGGCCUGGCAAUUGGCAAAGUUUCGGGAUUGCGAGGAUUCUCUCAAGGAGACGCUACUCAUUCUCGGGCUAUUAUCCGAACACGCAGUACAGUCCCGUCUGCAUUAGAGUGUGUGGAGCUGGCCAGGUUGUCAACCAGUACAAUCAGUGUGCACCGGCGCGGGGAUAAUAAUAUCGCGUGCAUCAUGAAUACUGGGAAAAGGUAGAGUGUCACAGUGCUCAGGACAUCCGGCGUCAACGUGGUGUCAUAAUCAUUGUGAUGUGUAAUAUUUGUGUGUGUCUGUGUGUACACACACUGUAUGAACUAUGCGCUUUAUAUUAGUACAAAUUCAAUACUUCCUGGCUUUUCAAACGACCGCCAAUUGGCCUUUAUGUUCCCAUAGGUACAGUGUAUUGUAUCUUCUCUGUUUUUUGGGUUUUUUCGCUUUUUUUUAUUCUUGCGCUGAUAUCGAAAAGGCUUCUUUGCCUCACAACAUGAUCGUGACCAGCUGGUUCUUCUGUAUCUUCUCUACAAAACUCUACAAGCUCCCCCCCCCCCCCGAUGCACCCACCUUUGCUUGCUGUUUUCUUUGCCAGUCAAGCGUGGGGACGCUACGGUGUCGUCCUUCUUGGCUGUGUGUCCGGUACGGGGCCGGGUACGUGCGUCCCCAGCUCUCCGUUCUUUUUGAGUUAGAUUCUUCAAUGGUGUUUUGAGAACAUGUUUGGUAAUA